AUGGUAGCCAUUGUUGGCGCCACCAUGGGGUUGUUAUCUGCAGUUCUUGGGUUUGUUGCUGAAGCCACCAAAGUCCAGCUUGCUGAUGUUAAGGACGUAAUGGAAACAGGAUGCACAUAUCCAACAAAUUCUAAAAACCCGACACAAGUGCUAGGAGUCGUAGCAGUUAUGUCACUUUUGAUUUCCCGUGUUUGUUUCUUGAGAUCCCCUAUCCCAUCUCCAGUGGCUCGACUCUCCCUUAUUUCUUCUUGGUUGGCAUGGUUAGGUGCACUCAUUUUUUACAUCGUUGGUUUGGUGAUGAUCGGAAAUCAGGGAGAAAAGAUGCGGUAUGGAGAACGAUUAGGAGACAGAACUUUUCAAAUCGAUUACGUGUGCAAAGUGGUAAACCCUGGAAUAUUUGGAGCCGGUGCCUCACUUACUCUUACCAGUGUUGUACUCCAAAUCAUUUACUUGGUUGUCGUAAAUCAUCAUGACGGUACGAUUACAGUCCCUCCUUCGACUCAACGUUCUGAGGUCACAAUGGUUUGA